AUGGUUGAUCCCAAUAUGGUAUCUGAAUAUGGAAAUAAACUAGAAGCCCGUGCUCGAUGUAUCGCAAAUGAAACAAUUGAAGAAGCCAAGCAAUGUCGAAGUGCCCAAAGGCAAUUAUAUUCUCGCUGGGAAAACGAUGAACAAAUAGAAUUGCGCAAAAAAAAGCAAAAUGAAGCUAAACGUCAAGUUACUAAUGCGGCACGUGUUGAUAAUUAUGAUACAAUACAAUUGCCAGCUAUUGCAACACCACCUACAUUUUUACGCACCCUUUUAACUGAGAAAAGUAUGCAAGCACGUGACUUCCGUAAAAAGAUUCGUAUAUAUAACUCUUCCCUUGCGUUCACUUCCAUUGGUAUUAAAAUCGAUGAUUAUGUUACCAGAACACAUGGUGUAUACAAUUUUCGCAUUCAAGGUGAAUUAUAUUAUCGAAUCGGCUCUAUUAUGCCUGAAACCCACAUUUUAAAAGAAAAUCUAUUACAAGAUUUAAGGAUUGUUAUAGCCAAAUCAAGACAGGGCCUUCAAUAUAUGCCUCCUACUGCUUCAGAAGUUGCUGUUCUUAUGGUCGGAGACGGUCAUGAACUAAAUGACGAACAACAUAUAUCUACAACUACUGUUAAUUCAGAUAAUGCAAGUGAGAUUGAAAUUGACGCUACAAAUGACA